CGCGGUUCCCCCUGGGCCAGUGGCGGAGGGAGUGGGAAACCAAAGGGAACGGAGCGGCGCUGCGGCAGCGGCCUCGGCGCCAGACUCUUCUCUCGUCCUCCCCUCAGUUCCGUGGGCUCCUCCUUCCCCACCGCCCACUCGGUCCCCCUGCCUGGCUUGCGAGGGGCGCGAGGAGAGAAGCCGGGGCGGGGGACCGGAGCUGCGAGGGCCGGCCUUGGGCACCUCCCGCGGGGUCCGGAUUUCGCCGCCGUCGCGGCGGAGGGGUGGGCGGUGCUGGAGGGAAGUGUGGCCCAAGUCCGGGCUGCGGGGAGGACCCGACGGCAGGGCGCCAGCAGGCGGGCGCUGGGUCCCACCUGGGCCUUCGGGCCGGAGCCAAGUGUGGGUCCGGGCGCUGCCCCCUCCCGCCCAUCCCCCACGUGGGGCUCGGAGGGGGCGUUCGGCGGGGGGCGUGCGUGGAUUCAACUAUGUUUAUUAUGAAGAACAGCAGACUCUGAGCUGUAACCUGAAUUCUUGUCUAAAAUUCAGCACACUGGCUGCAAGAGCACCAAACAGAAUGCCACUUGUUCCAUCGGAGUCUUUGAGACAAACUUGCACACCUAGGACAGAACAGUGCAGGGUAACUUUGUCUGCCACAGAGUGUUACAUCGUUCAUGAAAUCUACAAUGGAGAGAAUGCCCAAGACCAGUUUGAGUAUGAGUUGGAGCAGGCUCUGGAGGCACAAUACAAAUACAUAGUUAUAGAGCCCACCCGGAUCGGUGAUGAGACUGCCCGAUGGAUCACUGUUGGGAACUGCCUGCACAAGACAGCCGUGCUGGCAGGCAGUGCCUGCCUCUUCACCCCCUUGGCACUUCCCUUAGAUUAUUCCCAUUAUAUCUCCCUGCCUGCCGGCGUGCUGAGCAUGGCCUGUUGCACCCUCUACGGAAUCUCCUGGCAGUUUGACCCCUGCUGCAAGUAUCAAGUGGAGUAUGAUGCCUACAAACUUUCCCGACUGCCUCUGCAUACGCUCACUUCCUCCACUCCUGUGGUGCUGGUGAGGAAGGAUGACCUGCACAGAAAGAGACUGCAUAAUACAAUAGCACUCGCUGCCCUGGUGUACUGUGUAAAGAAGAUUUACGAGCUUUAUGCUGUAUGAUUUCAGUAGAAAAGGGAGAGAGAGAGAAAAAAAAACACCCACAAAAGACAACAGUGUAUUAAGAUUUCCACAGUAACAUUUUUUUCCUCUGAAAUGCAAUGGAGACUGGGAAGCUGUUUGGGUUAAUAUUUGUUAUUUUUCAGAGUAAGACAAAUCACUGCUACACCAAGGGAUUUUCAGCUCGUUACACUAAGAUGUGGAUCUGCAGUGACUCAAGACAUGUUCUAGGCUGUGGAAGUCUGAUUGAGCAGUGGAAUGUUGAUGGAAGCAAACUAUUAUCAAGGGGGGUGUGAAAUGCUUUUUUGGGGGAGGGGGGAACCUUUCAAGUAUAUUGUUUAACUGUACCAUCCAGAGCCAGCCAGAAGCUAUUGACCAUUAAAAUAAUGAGCAUUUCAAGUGUUUUCUCUCUCUAUGCUUUUCUAUGUACCUACUUUAAGGAUCAGCUUUAGGAUGUGGCUUACAGCUGAGAGUAAUGGGGUUGAUCUGAGGGACAAAUUGUAUUUUUGUUUGUACUUACAAACACAAUUUUUUGAAUCUUAGUUUGUUUAUGAGUAGUGCCUUCUGCACCACAGUGAAAUCCAUUUGAAUGGGGUGAGCAUAGUCAACCAAGCGUCCCUAUCCAGGAGAUUACAAAGCUUUAAUUUUACUUUGACUUUCUUUACUUUCACUCUUGCAGUUCCACUUUGUUCUGUGGAGGACAGAAGAGGAGCGCUAUGCUGCCAGCAUGGUGCUCAUCCCUCAUUCUCUGGACUUGACAUAUUACUGUACUCCCCAGUGAUUUAAAGACUUCCAGGAAAUGUAAAAGAAAGAAAUCUUUUCUCCUGGAUGAUAAAUGCCUAUUUAGUUUGUUAGCUGCUUUCUCUCUUCUGAGUGGCUAUUUGCUAGACUGCCAGAUUCACUUGUGAUUUAGAUUUAAGGUUUUAAAAAUGCCAAAAGGUCCUAUCUCUAGAGUUGACUGCCCAAAAGCAUUCACAUUUCGCUUGCUGAGUUAUGGUCUGGGUGGCAGAAUGGUGUUGGGGAUCUAGUUUUUGGGUUUAACAAUGAACUUUUGCAGGUGAUUUGCCACUGGCCACAGGGAAAGUAAUCCCCAAUAAAUCUGUACUUGAUUCUGCAGAGCAAA